AUGGGGUCGAUGUGUGGUGUGGUUUGGACUGGAAUUCUCUCAUGCCCUGUCACGUGUAGAUCAUACUCCAUCUAUGAUGCUAUUAUUGGUGGCACCCACGUAUGUGCAGCCGUCGAGGGUACGGCACCACCCGCCUUAGUGCGAGUGGUCCGUUUGGAAGCAAGGGCCUCCUUAUGUGUUUCUGAUGUCUCUGGUGAAACACGGGGUUGCCUUGGUGAAACCCUUGUUGCUGCCAGAGAGGCGGAUUGCGGCUGUGGCGACGGGUCCGGUCCUGUGGUGCCCUUGGCUGUACUUGCAGAUGGACCCGCUGGCUCCAACGAGGCAUAG